AUGGGGAAAGCCAGCUGCAGUAAGAGCCCGGCGCAGCUGGAGCACGGCCUCUUCCUCCAGGCUCUCCUCCUCCUCCUCCUGCUCUGCUGCAGGCAUGUGUCUUCCCAGUGCAAGAUCCUGCGCUGCAACUCCGACUUUGUGGCCGCCACCCUCAACCUGCGCGGCGCCGGCCGCUCUGCCGCCUACUGCACGGCCCUGCGCUCCUACUCGCACUGCACGCGGCGCACGGCGCGCACCUGCCGCGGCGACCUGGCCUUCCACUCGGCCGUGCACGGCAUCGAGGACCUGAUGAUCCAACACAACUGCUCCAAGGACGGUCCCACCUCACCUCCCCGGCCGCGCGCGCCGACGCCGGAUCACCAAAGCUUUCCAGCUUCGGAGAUGUGCGACUACGAGAAGACGUUCCGCUCCAAGCACGGCCGCCCGCCGCGCUACCAGCACUGCGCCGCCUUCGGGGACCCCCACGUCCGCACGUUCCACGAUGAUUUCCACACGUGCCGGGUGGAGGGAGCCUGGCCGCUGCUGGACAACGAGUACCUCUUCGUGCAGGCCACCAGCGCGCCCGUGGCUGAGGGCUCCAACGCCACCGUCACCAGCAAGCUCACCAUCAUCUUCAAGAACAUGAAGGAGUGCACGGAGCAGAAGGUGUACCGAGCCGAGCUGGACAACGUGCCCGCAGCCUUCGAGGACGGCUCGGUGACGGGCGGCGAGCGGCCGGGGGGAGUCGGGCUGCGCAUCCACGAGCGCAGCCCUGGGCGACACGUGGAGAUCCGAGCUCCGUACAUCGGCACCACCAUCGCGGUGCGCCAGGCCGCCCGCCAGCUCUCCUUCUCCAUCCGCGCCGCCGAGGAGGUGACCCGCGCCUUCACGGCGGAGCAGGACCUGCAGCUGUGCGUGGCCGGCUGUCCCCGCAGCCAGCGCAUCUCCCGCAGCGUGCGCAGCCGUGCGGCGGCGCAGGCGGCUCGGGCGCUUUGCAAAGCCACGCUGCCCGUGGAGGACGUCUACUUCCAGUCGUGCGUCUUCGACGUGGUCACCUCCGGAGAUGCCAACUUCACCAUGGCGGCACGAGGAGCGCUGGAGGACGCCAGGGAUUUCCUUCCUGACGCGGAGAAGCUGCACAUCUUCCAAGCCGGGGCGGGCUGCCCGAGUGCAUCUCCGUCCUUCCUCCUCCUCCUCCUCCUCAUCUGCGCUCUCAGGUCACAGUUGUGACCCCUCUUGUGACCCUUUUGUUGGCGCUUGUGACUUUUUUGUGACCCUCAUUGGCUCUUGUGGCCGUUGUUGGCAGAUGUCACCCUUUUGUUGGCACUUACGACCCUCAUUGGCACUGGCGACCCUUUGGUUGGUAUUGGUGACCCUUUUGUCAGACCAUUUUGUGUCCCUCAUUGGUACUUGUGACCGUUCUUGGCACAUGUCACCUUUUGUUGGCACACGUCACCCUUUUGUUGGCACUUGUGACCCUUUUGUUGGCACUUGUGGCCUUUUUGUGACCCUCAUUGGUACUUGUGACCAUUCUUGGCACACGUCACCCUUUAUGUUGGUACUUGCGACCCUCAUUGGCACUGGUGACCAUUCUUGGCACUGGUGACCCCUUGGUUGGUAUUGGUGACCCUUUUGUUGGCACUUGUGGUGUUUUUGUGACCCUCAUUAGCACCAGUGACCCUUUGGUUGGCAUUGGUGACCCUUUUGUUGGCACUUCUGACCUUUUUGUGACCCUCAUUGGUACUUGUGGCUGUUGUUGGCACACGUCACCCUUUUGUUGGCACUUGCGACCCUCACUGGCACUGGUGACCAUUCUUGGCACUGGUGAUCCUUUGGUUGACACCUGUGACCCUUUUGUUGGUACUUGUGACCUUUUUGUGACCCUCACUGGCUCUUGUGGCCGUUGUUGGCAGAUGUCACCCUUUUGUUGGCACUUACUACCCUCAUUAGCACCAUUGACCCUUCGGUUGGUAUUG